UGACGCUUUUGAAGGAAGACGGUCAGGCUCAAAGUGGAGAUGAUGGAUAUGCUUUCCAACGAGGAGUACAGAAUUUGUGCGCUAAUGGACCAGAGGGCGAUGAUCACGAUGUAUGAUCCGAAGUACGGCGGGGUUUUCGGGUCGAAGCCCCUGCAGCUGAUAUGGUCCAGAUACGCCGACUUCUACGGCCCUCACAACACGAUCAUGGUCGAUGACGCGAAGAGGAAUUUUGUCACGUCUCCCCAAAAUGGGCUGAAGAUAUCGGCGUUCAGAAGAGGGGCCGCGGGCCGCGACGCGGACGCGGAGCUGGCGGAGCUGGAGAGAUACGUGCUGGCGAUUGCGGAGUUGGACGACUUCACUCACCUGAAGCACAAAAACUGGAAGAGAUAUUUGAAUAUCAAAUAA